AAGGGCUUGGAAGGGGCUGGGGCUGUAGGGGGGCUGGGGCUGCGCUUGCACGGAUGGAAGGCUGGCAGGGCGAGGAUUCAUGUGAGAUGAUGCAAUGUUGCUUGCCUUUCUCAAUCUCGUUCGUCUUGAAUGUAUACGUGUGCCUGUUCUUGCUGUGGCCCAUCUGGUCUCUCGUAGGGCUCCUGCUGCCGGACUGGAUUGAGUCCAGGGCCAAUUUCUCCACGACCUUUUCGCUCGCUGCGUCCAUGCCCUUGCCCUCGAUUCAGCUCCACGUGUGCAAGCUGUGCAUCACGCAUUCUGCGUCCUGGAAUUGCUGACGACCAUCUUCCUCCUCCCGCACCAUUUCCGCCUCUUUUCUUCCCGAUCUUGACCGACGAAACCUCGUCCCAUCUGCCCUCGAAAUUUCUUCGAUCCCUGCUGCUGCUGACGAUUUCCAAAGCUCAGCCAGAGGACGAUCGUCUGCGCGGUGGUCGCAGCACGGAACGUUGACCGACCGACCGAGAAAGUGGCAGAAGCAGAGAGAGGAGAGAGAGAGAGGAGAGAGGAUUAGAGAGAGAGAGAGAGGCAGUGAGGGGAGUAAAUUAAGCAUUUCCUGCUCACGAGGGCGUGCUCUGAAGGAUCGGGAUUGGCAAUCAGAGGAUCGAUUCCCGAAUCCGCGAAUCCGCGAUUGAUAGAUUGAUGAAAGAAGAAGGAAGACUGUUGCAGAGAGGACGUACGAGGUCUGAAAGCUUCGCGUUCGCCUUCUUUUGGGCUCGCAAUCAUCAUCAAGAGCUAUUGAUUGCUGAUUCCAGAUUCAGCGGUCAGCAUAUCCAGUUCCGAAGCCACUCGCUACAGACGCCCAUGCGUCUCAGGAAGCACGUCAGAGACGGACAGAUUGCGAGAAAUCCCAUGUGAGAUUUGGAGAGCAGUGGAAGAGAGAGAGAGUGGGAGAGCGAGUGGGGCAGGGAAGCAGGGAAGCAGGCAGGCAGGGAGGCAGGCAGGCAGGCAGACAAACGGACGGACAGGCAGCCAUAAGAGGGCGAGAGAGGUGGGGUUGUUACGAGGAUUCCGUCUGACACCCAGGUGGUGGGUGUCAUUCGCGUGCGGUGCGCUGUGUGCGCUGUGCUUGGUGGCAAUCUGUGCCUUGAUCUCCUACGCCCCGUGGUUCAAGACUCCUUCCUUUUCAUGUUUACCCAAUUCGUUUGUCAGGUGGCUCCUCCGGCAGUCGUGUUAAAUGCCUCAUCUGCCGAUCGUCGGUCCUCCCCAUGGACUUGUCGCCGCGGCUUUCUGGCCCCCAUUUUCGCACAGAGCUGCUGCUGAGGACCAGGGCGGCGGUGCUGCUGGAGGAUCCACGAGCAUGGAUGUGAGUUCAUACGCGGUGCUGCAGAAUAAUUCCAAAAGAGGCGGAGGAGUGUUCGUCGAGGGGCAGGAGGAUGCGAGCUAUCCAGCAUGCACCUCCAACACAUGGCAGCAGCAGCAGCAGCAGCAGCAGCGAUUCGAUGCGGGUGGUGGUGGUGGUGCCAACGCCAGCGACACCUGCACGGCCGCGGACGAUCACAAUCGCUGCGAUCUCGUGAUGAACGAGAGGCUGUGGAGUCAAUUGCCCGAAGAUCUGGUGGACCGAAUCCUGGCCUGGUUGCCCGUGGCCAGCUUUCUCAGGCUUCGGACGGUGUGUAAGAAAUGGAGCACCAUCAUGUACUCGCCCAGCUUCCUCGAGGUGUGCUCGCAGGUGCCGACCCAGGGGCCGUAUUUCAUGAAGAUCUCCAACUGCGAGUACAGCAGAUUGCUGUCCAGCUACAACCCGGUGCUCUGCAAGUGGCACGACAUCCCCAUCAGCUUCCUGCCCCCUCAUGCAGGCUUCCCGGUGGCCUCGGCCGGGGGAUUGCUGUGCCUGAUCAACAAAUUCCACGGCUAUGUCGAUGAUUUCUGCUCUCUGUUUGUGUGCAAUCCCUUGACCAAGAGCUGGAGGGAGCUGCCCCCGAUGCCGUGCAAGCAGAGGCCCAUCCUCGUGAGCAUGGUGGCCGAGCGGCGUCCCUUCAGCUACAAAGUCAUCGUGGCUGGGCUGCUGACCACCGAAGUUUUUGACUCCACCACUUGCUCCUGGCGAAGAGUGGGCAGCCUUCCCCGAGGCGAGGAGGUCUCGGGCAACAUUGCCUUCUCCAAUGGCAAUCUGUAUUGUCUCACUCCUCGCUGGUACAAUUGUGCGCUGCUCGCUUACAAUCUGCAGCAGGAGGUGUGGGUGAAGGUGAAGACGGGCCGGCUGCCGGGCUACUGUCAGUUCCGGAACCUGGUCGGUUGCAAAGGGUGCAUCGUGAUCGUGGGCAAGUCCGUCAGACACCAUGUUCUGUCCGUGUGCAUAUGGCUGCUGGAUCAGAAGACCAUGAAGUGGAAAGAGGUAGGCAGAAUGCCUCAGCGCAUGUCGGACCACUUUCUCUGCAGGCCUUCCGAGAGCUUCUACUGCACCGCCCAUGGAGACCUCAUCUUCCUCACCCGAGACAACUGUGACAUGGGCUUGCUUUUCAACCUCUCCCACAAGACAUGGAUCUGGGUUUCCGAUUGCCCCAACCUCGAGGGCUUGGCCUUCGAGCCUCGCCUCGAUGCCAUUGCUUGAUCGUCCUCGGAUCGAUCGAUCACUGCGGACGAAUCAUGGCCAACCAACCAGAACCUUCGUGCAUUUGUUCGAAACCUUGCAAUUGCUCGCUCGGCCUGCGACCCUCGACCUCGGACCGGCUGCUGGCGUAAAUUUCAGAUGUGGAUUGAUGUCUGAGAGCCAGCUGCCCAGCUCGCGAGUCCAGUGUCAGCCAACCUGAUGCCUCGAUACUCGAAAGACAUCACAAUAAUGCAUUCCAAUAGCUCAGAUCCUCAGUCUGAUAUUCCCACCACAGCCUGAACCCUUUGGUUCCCUGCAUGCUCAUCUGAAAUCUACAGAGACAUGCAAGUGCAGAGUGAGUGAAAGCUUGCUCUGAUGAGUCUAAUCCUUGCCAGCCAUAUAUCAUCAGAUGAUACAGUAGCAACGAGCACCACGAGAUAUGACAAUGGCAGCAGUUGAGAUUCUAUCUCAUCACAUGCCUCCUCCUGCGAACCAUGGAUGUGAAAGCCGAGCUCACCUCACCUCACACCUCCCUACAGCUGUUCACAAUAAUGAUCAUAGUCUCGUCACAACAACAAUCGUUCCCUUGCGCUUGGCAGGGAACUCCGCUCCCUUGCCUAGCAAGCAAGUAACACGCAGAUUAAAAAAGCAGUCAAUUGGUGUGAUAUCAAAGUCUAGAUAUCGAGAGCCUUCAACUGAAACGAUUUUUAUUACAGCAGAAGAGAGAAAUACUAGAUAGCUCGUACAAGCGACUCUGAUCAUUAAGUUGCCAGCUCAAUGUAUGAGAUAAACCUCC